UACACGUACAACAGCGCCCUCGUGUAUCCCGACUGAACAAUUAGUCUGAGUCACGCUACCAAAUUAUACACAUUCCAGACACAAAACAUAGAGGGAGCCAGACUGCCCCAAUACCAUGUGAGACCACACGCUCCACGCAAAAACACCAAUGUGAUUUCCGAUGAUGGUGUAAUUCUCCUAUGCCGAUGUAUAUGUCCAUAAGUGUAAAGAUAUCAAGAAGGUGCAAGUCCCUGGUUAUGCCAUGAUAUUGAAGAUACAUGUAGAAACCAAAGGAAAGCAGAGUUCCUGUCCUUCUACUUAACUGGGCUGUUUCGCAGCAUACAGACAAAUUAACUCGGUAACACUGUGCAGUGUGCGCGCUAUUCCAUUCAACUUCGAAGUGAUCAGGUUGUCUAGAGUGUGCACAUUUGCAGUUUAUAACUAACAAAUAUGGAGGAGCAUGACUUGGACUCUGAAGCUGGUGCGGCAGGACAGUUUGACGAUGCUGAUAUCGCUGAUGAAGUUACAAACAAACUGAAGAUGGAAUCUUCAAAGAAUAGAGCGAGUGUUUUGAGCCCCCAGGAAAUUGAGAAAGGAAAGGCACUGGAAGAUAAAAUGACUGAGAUGAUGGGUAGUGAUGAUGAAGAUGAGGAAGAUGAUAGUCCAGAUGAGAUGUGGGCUUGGGAAGAGGAGACAUCAGAUUUUACGAAGAGAUUUAAUGCAUCACGCUCCCACACAGCACAGCCCAAUGCUUCACAGCCAAACAGUCAGAAGAAAGGCCAGUCAAUUUAUCAGCCCCAGGAAAAAUUGUUGACAAGAUUUUCUAACAAGAUCAAUGUUGAAAGAUACGAGGGACCACAAAGCUUGCCAGGUAGCGCCACCAACCAAAUACUAAAAACCAAUAAGAAGGCAGAAGCAGACAGAGUACGAGUGAAAGACAAGGCUGACAGAGCAACAAUGGAACAGGUUCUAGAUCCUCGGACAAGAAUGAUCAUCUUUAAGUUACUCAGUCGUAAUUUCAUCAGCGAGAUUAACGGUUGCAUCAGCACUGGGAAAGAGGCUAAUGUAUACCACGCAACAACCAAAACGGAUCUCCACAGAGCCAUCAAGGUUUAUAAGACUUCAAUCUUGACAUUUAAAGACAGAGACCGGUACGUCACUGGAGAAUUUCGGUUUCGUCACGGGUACUGCCGGCGCAAUCCACGCAAGAUGGUGAGAACCUGGGCCGAAAAAGAAAUGAGAAACCUGAUAAGAUUACAUUCAGCAGGGGUUCUGUGCCCAGAACCGUUCUUAUUACGUGGACAUGUGCUCAUCAUGGAAUUCAUAGGGACCAAUGGCUGGCCAGCGCCGUUACUGAAGGAUGUAUCUCUUUCAGAGAGCAUGGCAAGAGAGUUGUAUCUGGAGUGCAUUCAGAUUGUCCGGCAAAUAUAUCAAGAUGCCCGCCUCGUUCAUGCCGAUCUCAGCGAGUUCAACAUGCUUUACUCCGAGGGCAAAUUGUAUGUGAUUGACGUUUCUCAGUCAGUGGAACAUGACCACCCUCACGCUUUGGAAUUCCUUCGCAAAGACUGUACUAAUGUCACAGAGUAUUUCCGGAAGAACGGCGUAUGUACCAUGAAAGUCCGAGAACUGUUUGAUUUUGUGACAGAUCCCUACAUCACCAAAGAUAACAUUGAUGAGUACCUGGAGACGGCGAUGAAGUCGGCUUCCGAGAGAUCUGAGCAGCAACUAUCAGAGCAAGACAAAGUCGACGAAGAGGUCUUCAAAACAGUUUUCAUCCCUCAUAACCUUGACGACGUUGGAGAUUAUGAGGAAGAUAUCAUGAAAGUUCAGAAAGGCAAGACAGAGGAGAUUUUCUACCAAAGGUUGACAGGUUUGAAGGAUGAAGCAUCUGUGAGCCCAGGGGACGCAGAGUUAGGCUCAGAAAGCAACGACAACACAAGUGAAGAUGAGGAAAGGAGGAGCCAAAGUGGGUCAAGUUUACACCAUCGCCCACGAGACGAGUCUCCUAGUGCUAAGAGGGAGCGGAAAAAAGCAGUGAAGGAGGAGAAGAGAGAAAACAGGAAGAACAAGAUUCCGAAACACGUCAAAAAACGGAAAGAGAAACUGGCUGUCAUGCGGAGAGGCACACACAAGUAAUGCCAGGAAAACAAACCGAAAAACCGUCUUCCUUAACCUGUUACUAUUUCCAUGGUAACGGCGACGUACCAAACAGCCGUAAGCACGUAACCGAUGACAACGAUAAAGCUCACCAGUAUUAUUCAUGUUCCCAUGAGACUGAGGUUGCUCAGUGAAUGUGGAUAAUAACGAUGGAGUGCUUCGAGCGCUAUGAUGGAUUAUAAAGACAUUAUUGUUAUGGCAGUUACGGAAAACGAUCUUGGGAAUCCCACAAAUUACCCCAUUUGGGGUUUACUCACACAUGACAUGCAUAUUCUGCAGGUAUUCCAUUUAGUUUCUCUUUCAUGUAGGCCUACAGAAACGUUUAUUUUGGUUCUUAGUUUGAAAAUAGCAUACAUGUACACAUAUUUUUAAGAACAUCUGGAAAAUAUGAAAAAGGUUGAUAUGACGGAAAACGUGCACCUGCUAAAUCGAUACUUGAGAGACACAGGACUAUUGAGUUGAAUUUCUAUUCUAUCGUCCGUAAUAGCAACAGUCUGACGACCCGUUAACAUCUAUAUGCGCCUAUACCGGCAACUUUUGUUUCCUUCCCAAACCAUUAAAACAAUUUCGUGAGCGAUUUGAUACAGUUCCCCGUCAUAAAGAUACUGUGACAAAAAUCCUCCCACCAUCUGUCAGUCGAAGGGAGUUGUUGUCUUUCAAGGGUUAAAUUUCUAAAUUAAAAAGGUGUUGAACUUGACCUACAA